AUGAUCCGAAACCGACAUCUGUUAGAGGCAAUAGAUGAAAGAACGGAUUUAGAGGAUGAUUCUAAAGUGACGAAUCAUUCAAAAAAAUCGAAAUCGUCUCGCCCAAUCAGUUUGGAAAAUGUUGCUUGGGUUAGUGCGGCCUUGGCCGUCUGCUACUUCACCGACAUUGUCAAUACUGUACUCUACCAUGAUGAUAUUGACAGAUCCUGGCUGCAGGCAUCAGCGGUUUUCUGCGUGGUUUUCAUUUCAAUUGCGGCUUUCCUAAUUGUAUAUCUGUACCUAAUUCGAGGCAUCGAUCCCGACGACUGGGAUAAGAUUUAUCCAUCUGCAAUCCCCAGUGCGACUGCCAGCAGUUUGCUAUGUGGUCUUUGCUUGCUGAUCGCGAUAUGGCCAGUAUAUGGACUGCUGAGUAUGCUGAUUCUCUUUGUCGUCUUCAUGGGGUUGAUAUCUGUAGUCUGCAUGCUAGAUGUAUUCACGUUCCUCUGCAAGAAACCUCCGGUACAGAAGGAAAAAAAUUGA